AUUUGCCUUCUAAACCAGUGGAGUUGAGACAACACCUGCAGGGUAUUAGGACUUCUCUCAGCCUAUGUCAGAAAUGGAUAUAGGCAUGGAAAUGACAAAGCAGUCUUCAGAGCUGAGUUCAAAUUUGUUGGAUAAUUUCAACAUAGCUGCUGACUUCUCACUAGAAACCUUGUUGGCCCACCGAUUACCCGAUUUUCCAGCCGUGCUCACAGGCAGUCUUACUGCAACACCAACCGAUCAUACUUCGAUGGCGGUCGAGAACCAACAUGUUUUGUUCAAAAGCAAGAAAAGGAAAGCCGUGGAACAACAACUGAGCACCAUGUCUCCAGUGGUUUCCACUAAUGAACAUGGAGGAAACACCAAUACCAGGAAAAGAAAUAGAUUACAGAAAGCGAAGACCAAAGCGAAAAACGAGGAGAAAGUAAUUCAUGUAAGAGCAAAAAGGGGCCAAGCUACUGACAGUCAUAGCUUAGCAGAAAGGGUAAGAAGGGAGAAAAUAAAUGAAAAAAUGAGGUACUUGCAGGACCUUGUUCCAGGAUGCCACAAGACGAUGGGGAUGGCUGUUAUGCUGGAUGAAAUAAUCAAUUAUGUUCAUUCAUUGCAAAACCAAGUAGAGUUUCUUUCUAUGGAGCUCGCGGCAGCGGCUGCUUCUUGUGACCUGAACUCGGAAAUCGAACACAUCAAAAAGACACAGGGGACAAGUUCACAUGUAGGACAAAAGAUGGAGAAAUGGGCAAAAGAUGGAUAUGGAGAAGAGGAUUGCUUCCAUUUGACAUGGCCACUUUGACUGCACUUUUGGCCCUUUAUUUUUUGUUUCUUAUAAAGCAAAUCAAUAUGCUUCCUACCUCACUUUCCUGCAAAUCAAAUCUGUCUAGUUAGAUAUCAAUUGUCCUAAUGAAAAUUAUAACUAUUUGCAUU